ACCCGAACUCUGUGCCUGACCUUAGUGCCAUCAUCAUCAAGACGACUCCAAUACUUGACUUAAUACCCAAGUAUUAAGUCAUCAGAGUGAGCAUUGUCAUGCCUAUAUUGAGUAAAAUUGUAAUGAAGAAUUUCAAAGUCGUGAUUGGAGAACGGGUAGUAAUGUAGAUUUAUUCAGAGUAGUGUGUGAUGUGCAGUCUCAAAAUAGUAACGACCUUCCCUGCAGUGCUGGAUUCCGUGACCAUUGGAAUAUUGUGACUGUUUAUGAGUAGUAUUCCUAUUCUAAAACACUAUUUUCACCCUCUGAAAGGCUGUUCUUCAAGCACUGCUCAUAAAAAAACUGGAAUUGGUGUAGGAGUGUGCUCUUUCAGGCGUAUGAGGUAAAACUCGUGAUGCCCCAGAUGUCACUCACAGAGAUAGUUUCAUCCUUGUUACACGGUCCUGAUAAGGACAUUUUCCCGGGCGAUAGAAACAGCAUAAUCACAGGAGGCGUGUUACUUCUGUCACGUCUUCAUCGGUGGAGGAUGAAACCAGAGAUCCGCUGGACAAAAGCCGAAGCAGGAGGUCCGCGCUGGACGGAAAGCGAUAUCUUCUUAGCGGUUAUGUCCCGCCCCGCGAGCUGUCCGUGGGAAGGCAGGACCGCAGCGCUGGGCAGCGCUCGGUGCCUGCAGUGCCGGGCGGAGGCUGCGGGCGCCGCUGUUGACCGAGAGGAGCGGGAGGAAGCUCGGAGCGCUGCAGCCCCGCCCGCUGCGGACCCGCUCGCUCGCUCGGGGUCUGGCUCGGCCGCCGGGAGGUCUGCGAGCGUAUCCGCGGUGCAGAGCGGUUCUAUAGCAAGACGGAGGAGCCGGUGGCUGAAAUACCGUGCAGAAGCUGAGAGCAGAGUCGGAGCCGGAUCUGUCGGUUUGGUAGCGAGGAGCUGCAAGCGGUGGACCGGUGCCGCGGCGGAGAUGUGCGCGGCGGGGAGGCGCCGGGGCCGGCGGCAGCGAGCUCUGCUCUGCGCCGUCCUGCUGGCGGCGUGGCAGGCGGCGUGGGGGCAGCUGCGCUACUCGGUGCCCGAGGAGAUGCCCAAGGGCUCCUUCGUGGGCGACGUGGCCAAGGACCUGGGGCUGCACCUGCCGGAGAUCGGCGACCGCAGUGUCCGCAUUGUUACUGAAGGUAGGACGCAGUACUUUACUCUGCACGGGAAGAGGGGACAUUUAGUGACGGCGGAGAGAAUCGACAGAGAGCAGCUGUGCGAGAGUGUCCAGCAGUGCCUGCUGCGCUGUGAACUCAUAGUAGAAGGGGAAAUGAAAUUUUAUGAAAUGGAAGUGGAAAUCACGGAUAUUAACGACAACGCGCCGAGCUUCAAGGAAACUGAGCUGGAACAAAGAAUGAGCGAGACGUCACCAGUGGGGUCGCGGUUUCCCCUGGCCGAGGCUCACGAUCCUGAUUCGGGCCGUAAUUCCCUGCAGAGCUACGAGCUGAGCGGCGACGAGCACUUCUCGCUGGCCGUGCAGGCGGGCCCCGGCGGCGGUCAGCGUCCCGAGCUGGUGCUGGCCAAGGCGCUGGACCGGGAGGAGGCGGCGUUUCACGAGCUGGUGCUGAGGGCGAGCGACGGCGGCGAUCCGGCACGGACGGGCACGGCUCGGAUCCGCGUGACGGUGCUGGACGCGAACGACAACGCGCCCGUGUUCAGCCAGGCGGAGUACACGGUGCGUGUGCCCGAGGACGUGCCCGUGGGCUCCGUCAUCAUCGCUGUCACGGCCACGGACAACGACGAGGGGGUCUUUGGUAACGUGAAAUACUUCUUUAAGAAAGUAAACGAGAAAGCAUCGAAGACCUUCCAUCUUAACACUCUGACUGGAGCUAUCACGCUAUUGCGCAGCCUGGACUUCGAGGAAGGUGACACAUAUGAGAUGGAGGUGCAGGCACAGGAUGAUGGCGGCCUGUCUGACACUGCCGAAGUCGCGAUCACUGUCACAGACAUAAACGAUAAUGUGCCGGUUAUUUCUGUGCGGUCAGCACUAGGUGAGAUUUCUGAGGACGCCCCUUCGGGGACGGUGGUGGCCCUGUUACACGUAAAUGAUCUAGACUCGGGGGCUAACGGCGAG